AUGGAAGUCUUGGGGAGGGCCAAACGUGGCGGCGGCAGCGCCGAUGACCGGCUGAGCGACCUGCCGGACUGCCUCCUCCAUGCCAUCCUGUCGCGCCUCAAGGCCCGGCAGGUCGUUAGGACGUGCGUUCUGUCGCGGCGGUGGCAGCACCUCUGGCUGACGUCCCCGUGCCUCGACGUCGAUGUCGGCGAGUUCCGCGAGCUCCGCCCCCAUGCGACACCAAGUCUCCACGGGUUAGAUCCCCUGUGGCUGCUGACCCCCGCCGAGCACGCUAACGACGGGGAGGAGCCGUACGAGCUCCCCGACUUCGAGGAUUUCGUCGACAGCCUUCUGGUCCAUCGUAUCCGGACCGCCGGCGCUCUGCCCCUGGAAACCCUGCGGCUGCGCCUCCCGCCGUGGUGGCUGAUCGUCCCGGCACUCCCGUGGAUGUACCACGACGGCACCUUCGCGGCGUCGAACAAGCACACGAGGUGGGUGCGUCGCGGCCUCCAGUGCUCCCCGGCGACGCUCGACGUGUGCGGCUCCGUCAAGCUGCCCCCUCUAUCCGCCUCCACCACCCGCCGCCUCACGAGCCUGCGCCUCGACCAGGUGAUCCUCCACCGUGAUUUUGCGGAGCACCUCGCGUCCGGGCUCCCCGUCCUGGAGGACCUGCGGAUCACCGGCACCAUCUUAUCGGCGCUCCCGAGGAUCGCGUCCGGCACGCUGAAAAGCCUCGUGGUCGAAUCCUCCACCCUGCACAGCGGGAGCCUGACCUUCACCAUCGCCGCCCCUCGGCUCGCGUCGCUGCACCUCGCCGUUAACUUCCAGCACCUCGUCUCCUUCGCCGUCGUCGUCCAGGAGGCGCCUUGCCUCGUCCAAGCGUCCGUCCGCCUCGUGGGGACGCCUGAGCCUCGUGGGGAUCUGCUUAGGGCUCUGUGCAAGUUCAUCGACUCUCUGUCCCACGUCUGCGCCCUGAAGCUGCAUGGCUUCCGCGACAUGGUGACGGAUCUAUACUGCUCUCGCACGCUCUUGCUAAAUCUGUAUAAUCAAUCUCUGUUUUACUACACUUCAUAACAAAAAGUCUAGAUUACAUUCAUUAACCAUGCAAUGCGAUGCAGACGGUAGUCGAGCAGCAACAUCAACCUCUUCCUCUUGGAGCUCAAUUUCUUCCGGACCAGCCGGGGUUGCUGAACCCACAUGUACCUUUUAUUCCACCACUUGGACUAUUCUAUCAAUUCCAGACAGAUUUGCCGCCUCUGGCCACGGACAAGUUCCCGCGUCCAAUGUUGCAGGCGAUGCUCGACGAGGAGCACCACGGGUUACCGGUGUUUAGCAGCAUGAGGACCUUGGUCCUAGAGGAUUGCGAGAUGGGCGACCAUGCUCAGACGCUCUGGCGUUUCCUGCAUAAUGCUCCUGCCCUAGAGAAGCUCACUCUGAACAAC